ACCCCCCCCCCCCAACAACGGCUCGUCCUGUGUUACCACCGCUGCCAUCGCCGUUACCUUGGGCGCGACCACUCCCUGCCCAUGCCCCAUCGCACCGCACAAAAGACAUCGCCCACAUAGCCAGCAGGUGCUCCCCACUGCUCUUCUCUCCAUAACCACCACACUGUCACCCUGCGAUCUGAUCACACUGCCAUCUGAUCACCCUGCUAUCUGAUCACAUUGCCAUCUGAUCACAUGGCCAUCUCAUCACACCGUCACCAUCGCCAUGGCACCAGAGCCCUUCCGCACACAGCCCAAAGCGGCAAUUUUCCGCACACACUCAAAACCUCUUUCCCGCCAAUGAGAUUUCAAGGGGCUCCCAUGACAAAGAGCAGGGGGGAAAAAGCUUUCACAGACUCAAAGGAGAAAACCACAAAUUAUCAACAAACCACAAACAUCAACAAACAUCAACAAACAACAAAGCAAGCAAGGAUGUCCAGUUUGACUCGCAUGUCAGCAUUCCGCCUGUCCAAGCGCACGCUUGCCACAGUGGCGGAGGCCAACCCGAACCGCCGCCUGGGAAAGCUGAGCGACCAGGAUCGUAUCUUCCAGAACUUGUACUCGUACUACGGCAAGGACUUGAAGUCAGCGCAGGCGCGUGGAGACUGGCACAAGACCAAGGAGAUUGUGCUGAAAGGAGACGCGUGGAUCAUCGACCAGAUGAAGAAGUCCGGGCUGAGAGGCCGUGGAGGUGCCGGUUUCCCCUCUGGGCUGAAGUGGUCUUUCAUGAACCCGCCAGGCUGGGAGAAGAACGAGGGCCCAAGAUACCUCGUUGUCAACGCGGACGAGGGAGAGCCUGGUACCUGUAAAGAUCGUGAGAUUAUGCGUAAGGAGCCCCAUAAGUUGGUGGAGGGUUGUUUACUCGCUGGUAGAGCCAUGAACGCCACAGCUGCUUACAUCUACAUCAGAGGUGAGUUCCUUGAAGAGGCUAUUGCAAUGCAACAGGCCAUCGACGAGGCAUACGCAGCAGGAUUGAUUGGAAAGGAUUCGUGUGGCUCAGGUUAUGCCUUUGACGUUUUCAUCCACCGUGGUAUGGGUGCGUACAUCUGUGGUGAGGAGACUGCGCUGAUUGAAUCCAUCGAGGGUAAGCAAGGUAAGCCACGUCUCAAACCUCCUUUCCCAGCUGCUGUUGGUCUCUUUGGUAGACCUUCCACCGUGACCAACGUUGAAACCGUUGCUGUUGCUCCAACUAUCUUGAGAAGAGGCCCAGAAUGGUUUGCAGGCUUGGGUAGACCAGGUAACGCUGGUGUCAAGUUGUACGGUAUUUCCGGCCACGUCAACAAACCGUGUGUUGUUGAGGAGGAGAUGGGUAUCCCAUUAAGAGACUUGAUUGAGAUUCACUGUGGUGGUGUCCGUGGUGGCUGGGAUAACUUGCUCUCCAUCAUCCCAGGUGGUUGUUCUGUGCCAAACUUGACCAAGGAGGCUUCUGAAAAGGCAUUGAUGGACUAUGAUGGUCUAAGAGAGGUUGGUUCCUCGUUAGGUACUGGUGCAGUCAUUGUCAUGGAUAAGUCCACUGAUAUCAUCAAGGCCAUUGCCCGUUUGUCCAGUUUCUACCGUCACGAGUCCUGUGGUCAAUGUACUCCAUGUCGUGAAGGUACCACAUGGCUAUCAAAGGCCAUGGAUAGAUUUGUCGUUGGUGAUGCUAAGCCAGAGGAGAUCGACAUGAUCAUCGAGGUGACGAAACGUCUUGAGGGCCACUCCAUCUGUGGUUUAGGUGAUGCUGCUGCUUGGCCAGUUCAAGCUCUCGUCAAGAACUUUAGACCAAUUAUCGAGGAGAGAAUCGCACAGUUCAACUCAAAGCAUCCUAACAUCGAAUACGGUGGAUGGGUCCCAAAUGCAACCAUCUAUGACGGUAAGGUUAACGGACUACCAAAGAACUUCCAUCAUUGAUGAUAUUUAUAUCUUCCAUAUUUAUUAUUUAUUCCGAAUCACCCAACCCCCUGCCAUUAUUUAUUUAUUUCACAUGAUAUAUACAGUCUAUUUCAACGUAUUUAAAGAUCUCA